UGUGUAUCAACUUGAUCAACAUGCGUGCGGCGGCGUCCACACACGAAACUAAUUGUAGGCUAACGAAUAUUUUGAGCUAAAAAAUCCUGUAAUAAUGGACAAUCAAGUAGAUGUACUAGAUAUCCACGAAGGUGAUGAGGACGAGGAAUUUAAAGUUGAUGAGACUUCAGAUCAAAAUAUUCAGAAGUUAAAGAAGAAUGUAAAGAAGAGGAAAGGGAGAGGAUUUGGUGGAGAAUCAGGUGUUCGAACUGCAGCAGAUGAUUUUGAAGGAAUGGAAGUUGACACCAGUGAAAGUGGACCCCAAAGAUCUGUCGAAGGUUGGAUCCUCUUUGUUACUGGUGUGCAUGAAGAGGCAACGGAAGAAGAUGUACAUGAUAAAUUUGCUGAUUUUGGUGAGAUAAAAAACUUGCAUGUGAAUCUUGACAGAAGAACAGGUUACCUGAAAGGCUAUGCACUUGUUGAGUAUGAGACAUUCAAGGAGGCACAGAAGGCCAUGGAUGAGCUGAAUGGCACAGAAAUAUUAGGCCAAGAAAUCAGCGUAGACUGGGCAUUUGUUCGCGGAGCACAAUCAGGAAAACGGGGACGAAGUAACAAGAGGCGAUAGUGAUAGUUGUCUUCAUCUCAAUUUUUUGUAAAGCGAGUUUGAUUGAUCAUUGUGCACCAGUUGAACAUUAGUCUUCUGCAGCUAAUCAACGCUGUUUUCAAUCUUGGAACCCCUA